UUUCUUCUUGUUUGUCGCAUUGCCCCCUGCGAGCCAUCAGUGGCUGGCUGUCUCUUCGGCUUCACCAGCCUGCCUGCCUUCGACACAUUUCCCCCACCGAGCCCCGGCAGCACAGAGGCUUUCUCGCAUCAUCAAUCACAACCGUCGUCAGUUAACCUCGGGGUAUCUGGGCGAACAAGCUUUCGAAUGAGUUGAAACGGCGCUUUUCGCUCCCUCUUCCCUCUUUCCCCCUCCCCCCUCCGCUUCUCGCCGCCUCUCAAUCUGUCUCAAACACCUACCCCUCCUCCGCCCGCUUUUGGUCGCAAUUCGCGAGGCUGUCAUCUGAGGUACUUCAAGCAUUUCGACUCCUUUCGCAUUCCCGCAUUCGUCAACUUCCACCGUCAACAAACUCCCGACUUGCUCGGAUAUGGCAGCGGCAUUUCGGCCGGUCAAUAUCGAGGUGAAGAAGGAGGACUCCACAAUGACGACCUCGCCUACGACCCCGACGCCUACCAAAGCCACUUUCGGUCAGCGCCCAUUGCCAUCGUCGCCGUUUCCACAAGCAGUUCAGAUUCCCGACAACAUUGAUGAGAAGAAAGGACCGCGGCGGGAAAGUUCGCAGAUUUCGAGAAAGUCGAGGGAUUCGAAUAUGGACGUGGAUGACACAGAUGGCGAAGGUCACGGAGAGGAUGGAUCAGAAGACGAGAGUAUCGACGGGUCGAAAUCAUCCAAGAAGAACAAGAAGUCGCAGCGCUUUUAUUGCACGGAUUAUCCCCCGUGCAACCUGUCUUUCACGAGGAGCGAGCAUUUGGCACGACACAUCAGGAAACACACUGGCGAGAGGCCCUUUAUCUGUUUCUGCCAAAGAAAGUUUUCGCGCCUCGACAAUCUUCGUCAACAUGCGCAAACUGUCCAUGUAAACGAGGACAUUCCGCCGGAAAGUCUGGCUGCUACGGGCACUAGAUUCCAACGCCAGAUUCGGACCGAGCGAGUUCGUCAACCAGGUCGGGCUCGCGCCUCAACUGCGGGGAGUGUAGGAGCCGCCCGAGGGCAUUCCAAGUCAUUAUCUACAUCGAGCAUAACCUCGAUAGGGUCCAAUUUUGGUAACAACCGGGAAGAAGUCAGAACAAGACGGCCUCCUCCUUUGGUGAUGGCCACAGACCAACGAUCAAGACUAUCCUUCGAGUCAUACCACAGCGGUGCCGAUAGCCAGUUUCCCAGCGACUUCAGCACGCCAACUUCGGCGACCUUCUCAACCGCUCAGAGCAGCCCCAGGUGGAGUGGAUCUGUCAUUGCGUCGCCCACUUCGUCCCAUUCUCGAUCUCAGAGCAUGUACACAGGGUCACGUACCCCUGGGAGGCGGUUGAGCGUUCCGUCGGGCAACCCUUUCUCCUCACCAAUUGGUGCAAGCCUGGGACGACCACUUUUUGGACCUGGAGCCAACAGUUCCAAUCAAGGCUCAUUCUCCCCAACUCUCAGUGUGACCUCCCCUACAUCAUCGGUCUUCUCCCGGCGCGAGUCAAAUUCAGCAGAGGAGGCGUGGAGGAGACGAACUUGGCACCCGGACUCUAGCAACAACUUCCAAGCCACGAGCAGUCGUCUAAGUAACGUUAUCACCCCAUCUCAGUUCUCGAAUUCGGUUCCUAUCGCGAACCCUGCCGCUCAGAGCACCACCGUGCGCCUUCCCGGCAUCGAAUCGUUCGAUCCCGUGCCACAUCGGCCAUCUUCACCUCCGAGACGCAUUCCUUCGCCAAUGCAUCUUGAUACUCUAGCACCUGUGGUCGAAUCGCGGACGGAGGAGAGACGGGGCAGCACUAACUGGGACGUUUCCCUCCAUCGAGGCCUUACCCGCCUCGAUAUUUCAACAUCGAACACGACACCACCCAGGGACGGGGCUGGGUCUUGGGCUCACGAGGUCAACCAGCUUGUCGAAGCAGAAGCUGACAGGGUGCGGCUCAACCCGCCAAUGGUUAGAUUCAAUGACAAUAUCAUCAUCGAGCGGAGCAAUCCGAGCAUGACCAUUGAAAACAAAUCAUUCCAUCAACACACCAUGUCCGCUCCGUCCAUCACCGGGAAGAGACAUGGUUGGUACAAUGGCCCCGUUACUGUGCACACGGAUGCCCCACCUGAGAAGAUGGCGCGGGUGGAACGGAUGGUUCAUCCAAAUAUUGGCGAGUUCGCAGGUUUUCCUGCUCGACAAAACGUGUCGCCGCAACAACCUCCCCGGUCUGACAACGCCACCGACCGAGACAACAUGUUGCGUCUCCAGGCACUCGUAGCUGUUGCUACGAGCGAGAAUAGUGCUACUGCUGCCUACUGAUGACAGGCAACACGGAACGCGCAUCAUUCGACGAGAAGCCUCUGGAAUCUCAUUCUACUAGAUCAUGACAUGGACUUCACCUAAUCUGAUGUCUCACAUGUUCCGCUAUCGCUACCAUUUUAUGACGUUGCUAUUUCCUAUGUCUUUGGCGGACUACACCUGCAUUUUACGACUGGGUUCAUUCUUAUAUGCGUCGGCGUUCAGGGGCUGGUUUGGAAUUUUGGGGAUAUACCCCUGGCAUCUACAUUCGCUGCAUAGUUUGGAAUCUCUUUAUGUCACGCUUAUGAUCAUUUUCUCACGACGUAUCUGGGUAUGACCAUUUUGUAUUUUUUUAGGCGGAGGUAUCAGAAUCUCUUAGGCACACUAGAUGUCUGUUGGCGUCGGCUCGGAUGCCGGACUUU